AUGGGUGAUGCAUGCCACAAGAAAACAAAAAAGUGUGGUCGUAAAAGAGUUGAGAUAGACUUUGAAAAAAUUCGUGAUAUUUCGUUACCUAAGCGUAGCACUUUUCUAUCUUUAGCAAAAGCUUUAGGUAUUAGAAGCAAGUCAAUAUUGAAAAAAUAUGUGAGCGAAGGGGUAUUGCGUAAACAUUCAAGCACGUUGAAGCCACAUGUGAAGGAUGAUAAUAUGAAACAACGUCUUAGAUUCUGCUUGAGUAUGCUUGAGGAAACUAGCAUUCCUCAUGAUCCAAUUUUUAAAUCCAUGUAUAACAUUGUGCACAUAGAUGAAAAGUGGUUUUAUAUGUCAACAAAUUCAACAAAUUAUUACCUUCUUGCAAAUGAGGAUGAUCCAUAUAGGACUUGCAGAAACAAAAAUUAUAUUCAGAAGGUCAUGUUUUUAGUAGCGGUAGCUAGACCCAAAUUUGAUGAUGAAGAUAAUGUGACGUUCACUGGAAAAAUUGGUGUAUUUCCCCUAGUCGAUAAAGUGUCGGCAAGAAGGUCAAGUGUCAAUCGAUCAGCAGGAACACUUGAAACAAAACCAAUUACUUUUAUCACUAAAGAUGUCAGUCGAAUGUUUUUAAUAAACAAGAUCUUACCAGCCAUCAAAGAAAAAUGGCCACGAGAGCAUGCGUGGGAGACAAUUUUUAUUCAGCAAGAUAAUGCACCGUGUCAUGUUUCUUUAGAUGAUGAAGAAUUUCAUGUAGCAGCUUCUGAAGGAGGUUUUGACAUUCGUUUGACUUGUCAACCGCCUAAUUCUCCCGAUUUAAAUGUUUUGGAUUUAUAUUUCUUUAGUGCCAUACAAUCAUUGCAACAAAAAGAAGUGGUUAAUUCCGCUGAUGAGCUUAUUCAAGUCGUAGAAAAUGCUUAUGAGUCUUUUGAUAUCAAAAGUUCAAACAAGAUUUUUCUUACACUUCAAUCGUGUAUGGUUGAAAUUAUGAAGAAGAAAGGAUCCAAUGAUUAUAAAAUUCCUCAUAUGAAAAAAGAUGUAUUGCUUACUCAAGGAAGGCUACCCACUCAACUCAAAUGUGAUAGAGAAUUAGUUCAAAAAACUUAUGAAUAUUUAUAUAAUGUUGGCUAA